AUGCAGCAGCUACGAGGUGCCAAAAACCAAGGCUGUCUCUGAGGUGCUGGACAACCUACUGGCUGGCUACAACAAGGAGCUUAGGCCUGGCAUAGGGGGUGAGAGAGUGGUCAUCCUCACGGACAUUCUCAUCAAAAGUAUGGGCCCAAUCUCAGAAACCGACAUGAGUUAUUCCAUGCAGGUUUACUUCCGCCAGCGCUGGAAAGACGAGCGUCUGUCCUUCUACCUGCCAAACAUCACACAGUUCACGCUGAGCAACAAGUUCAUCAACAACAUCUGGAAGCCCAACAGCUAUUUCCUCAACGGUAGAAACAGCAAACAGCACAACAUCACUGUCCCCAAUGCCUUCAUUCGCCUCAGCCACGAUGGAAGUAUUUACAUGUCCAUGAGGCUGACGGUCAACGCCCGUUGUCCCAUGAUGUUGUCACGCUACCCCAUGGAUAGAGCUAUCUGUCCACUCUUCAUUGGAAGCUUUGGGUACACAGCUGAUGACCUAGUUUAUAUGUGGGAGAACCAGGUGGACAUUGAUCCUGGAGUGACCUUGUCCCAGUUUGAGCUGGGCAGAAUCGAGCAGCAGAACAUCUCAAAGAAAGGCAAAUAUGGUGAGUUGUCUAUACUGGAGAUCUACAUCCACAUGAGUCGGGCUGUAGGUUUCUACGUGCUACAGACUUACGUUCCUUGCUACCUGAUCGUCAGUCUGUCGUGGGUAUCCUUCUGGAUCAACAGAGACGCCGCUCCAGCCAGAGUACUGCUCGGUGUAACAACGAUCCUCAGUACAGCAGCUAUUGGGAUGACCGUGAGAGAAGGCCUGCCCCGUGUGCCCUAUGCAACAGCUUUGGAUGUGUUUUUGAAUGUCUGCAUCGUGUAUGAGAUGGCGGCACUGAUUGAGUAUGCUGCCGUCAACUACUUCACCAAACUCAUGCCCAAGGAGGGCGGCGCUGAUGAAGAUGAGGAAGAGAUUAUGGUAUGGUGUCGGACAUGUCUACUGGCAUUCUGGAGAUGCAUUGUGGGAAACUCAGACUACCGGAUUGUCAGCGACAUCGACAUGGUGUCCAGAUUUGUGUUUCCGCUGACCUUUGGCCUGUUCAACCUCUGCUACUGGUUAAUGUAUUUUUACCUGGAGGUCAGCUGA